CUUCCGGUGUGUCGCACAUAAAACCGCGCGUUGACUCUGCUGGAAUAUGGUGUCCAUGAUGACAACUUGAAAAUCCCAACUGCAGUGCGAGGCGACAGUAGCUGCUGGAACCAGUUCGGUGAGGAUGCGAGCGGGUCCGGCCCGGUUCGGGAGCCACCUGGCGGGGUCGCGUCCAGCGGCCGCCGGGCUCGCCUGACCUGGGCGGCCGCCGCUUUUGUUUACAUCCAGUCCAGGUGAAGAUGGGCCCGGAGAGGCGCGCUGGCUAGCCCCGCUGCCCGAGCUGCUUCCAGGGACGGUGUCAUCGGGAACCCGCUGUGUUCGGACCGGGUCGGUCCGUCCGAACCGCGCCGCCUGAGGGUGAUGGACGUGUCCUCUCAGGACCCCCCUCUCAUGGCCAUGGACCUAUCGAAGAGCUACACUCCACUGACCCGCAGCCGCACCGAAGCCGCAGACCUGGCUAAAAAGCCUGAGUGGUACCACCGACGGCCGGCGAACUGCAGCACAGACGGUACCUCUGCAUACAGAUCCUCGUCCUCCUACAGCCCGCUGUCCCAGCAGGGCGUCCCUGUCCGCUGCAGAGACAUGGAGCAGGGGCCAGAGUCUCUGGGCAGCUACAUAAGCUCGACUGUGGCUCCGGGUCUGGAUCUUUUUCACAGCAGAACGCAUGGCAACCUGUGGCACGGUGGCUACUACGGAACCGACCAAAGCGGGGAUCCGGUUCCCGAAAGCAGCGGCGCAGAGGAGAGCGACAGUGGCUCUGACGUUAUCUUCCUGGUUUCGUCCGCGAAGGAGCCUUUGUUGUGUGGCUCUUUCAUCCAGGACAGCGUGAGGCACAUCGUGGAGCCCGUUUCCCCUGCCAUGUCCUCGUUGGAUGAAAGAAGAGGUUGCUAUCUCCUACCUCAGCCCAUGAGCUCACCGAGUGCCGACAGCUCGUACUCGGAGGACUCGUCGGACAGCUCCGUAGACAUUCCAGUGCACCAUGCCAGGCCCGUAGUCCUCCUUUCGGACCUCAACACCGUUUACGGACACACUGGUGAAUCGGUCGUGGAUGCAUCAAGUGACGACAGCGACGUCAUUGAAGUUUCUGUCACGAACCGUAAGAAGGAAAGGCAAUGCUACAAGAAAAGUCCGCCUAAAAUAAAGAGAGAGGGAGGAAAAGUGUCAUCUAGAGAAGUGCGGCGCAGUUCCAGAGUACGAAAAUCUGAGUCAGAAAUGCCUCGGUUGACCUGCGCCGUGUCGCGGCACAGCUUGAGAAGACGUGUCAAAAACGACGCAGUGGGUAUUUAUAACGAGAGCAGUGACUCUGAGGACUUGAUCGAGUAUGCGCUGAAGUUUUCCAGCUCCGAAGAAUCUGUCUCGCAGCCAAACCUUCCACUGAAAGCGAGCAGACAUUCCAAGGAAUCCAACGGGAACGCCCAACCUGACAGGAAGUCUCCUCCAAAGGAAGCUCAGUUCACAAAAGUAAGAAAUUACAAACAAAAAAAGACUCUCAGUCUUCCUAAAACUAAAAAGGUUGAAAAAGCAAAACAGAAGCCGAUCUGCAGCGUCUCCCCAUCGGAGCAACAGACGGUUUCUGACAGUCAGGCCACAGCAGGGAAAAAACGGGUUGCAAGGCGACAAAGGAAAAGGCGCCCACAGACCGGACCUUCUGCACUGUUUUCUCCCAGAGAACCUGAAAUCCUGCUCAAAUAUGCAAAAUCUAAGGAUAAAAAGGACAGAAAACCUGCCAGCUUCUGCCCGUUUGUCCACAUGGAGCAGCAGCUGUGCAGGGUGGUCAACUACCAGGACGAAGACGGGACGAUUCCCAGCAGCAAAGGGAGGAAGACCGUCUCCAAAUCUGUGUCUGGGUUUGUCCCCUGCACGUCCUGCUUCCAGCUGGGUCGGCCCAGCUCAGACGGCAGCGGUCCGGACCAGCUGCUCUGCUGCCUGUGUGGAUGGACGGCCAACACCAUGGGCCUCGGCGACCUCCACGGCCCCUACUGGCCCGCCGUCGCUUCUCAAGACGGUCAGACGUGCAGAACCGAUCAGAACGACGGCCUGCAGAAACUCUCCAACGGCCAUUUGCCGAACUCCUCUGAGGACGACCGCAGUCCCGAUACGACUUUACUUGGAAGCGAGAAAGCCUCUCCCACUAAGGUGCCUCUUUAUCUAAGCGAGUGCUGGAUCCACGAGGACUGCGGUAUCUGGUCCGCCGGCGUCUUUCUCGUCCGGGGAAAGCUGUACGGCCUGGAGGAGGCCGUCCAGAUCGCACAGGAAACGAUCUGCUCCACCUGUCAGCAGCCUGGUGCCAUAAUGGGAUGUUUCCAGAAGGGCUGCCUGAGGAAUUAUCACUACCCAUGUGCCAUUCAGUCAGGCGCCGUCCUCAACGAAGAAAACUUCUCCAUGAGAUGUCCAGAGCACAAGAAUAAAACGUUCCCUCCUGCAGCCAGACGAGACAAGAGAUGACAGUGAAGACGUUUGGCGGCCAUGGAGGCUUGGAGAAUGCUCCACUGAUCUCCUCAGGGCACGGCGGCGGCCAUGACGGUGGGCGUGGCAGUGGCUUCGCCUCAAAGUGUUCUGAGGAACCGGAGCGGCGGAGGAACCCGCUUCGCCUGUCAUGACUGAAUCAGGGUCCACUUUAUUUAUUCCUGGAUAUUUUGACUUCUUUUCGGUUGUUUUGUUCGGUUCUUCCUGUCCGGUUUUUUGUUCGGUUCUUCUGUCCGGUUCUUCUGUUCGGUUCUUUUGUUCGGUUCUUCUGUUCGGUUCUUCUGUUCGGUUCUUCUGUUCGGUUCUUUUGUCCGGUUCUUUUGUUCGGUUCUUUUGUUCGGUUCUUUUGUUCGGUUCUUUUGUUCGGUUCUUUUGUUCGGUUCUUCUGUUCGGUUCUUUUGUUCGGUUUUUUUGUUCGGUUCUUCUGUUCGGUUCUUCUGUUCGGUUCUUUUGUCCGGUUCUUUUGUUCGGUUCUUUUGUCCGGUUCAUUUGUCCGGUUCUUUUGUUCGGUUCUUUUGUUCGGUUCUUCUGUUCGGUUCUUCUGUUCGGUUCUUUUGUCCGGUUCUUUUGUUCGGUUCUUUUGUUCGGUUCUUUUGUCCGGUUCUUUUGUCCGGUUCUUUUGUUCGGUUCUUUUGUCCGGUUCAUUUGUCCGGUUCUUUUGUUCGGUUCUUCUGUUCGGUUCUUCUGUCCGGUUCUUCUGUCCGGUUCUUCUGUCCGGUUCUUCUGUUCGGUUCUUCUGUCCGGUUCUUCUGUUCGGUUCUUUUGUUCGGUUCUUUUGUCCGGUUCUUUUGUCCGGUUCUUUUGUUCGGUUCUUUUGUCCGGUUCAUUUGUCCGGUUCUUCUGGUUCCUUUCUGCUCUCCGUUUCUCUCCGGGGUGAACCGGCUGCGUUUGGACAUCCUCACUUCAACUAGCUGCUAAAACAAGUUUAUUAUUUGAACAUAGGUAUUAUAUCAGAGUUUUAUUGAUCUCUCGGAUAACAGGCCACUUUUCUACAAGUUUUUGUACGACUUUUUUAAUCCUUCUAGUGGUUUGUGGUGUUGGUUUUCCUCCUUGAUGCAUGCACAGCUCAUAUUUGCUACAAUGCACUUUAUUACAGUUUCCUAUCAGUUAUUUAAAUCUGACAUAAAGCUGCACUACGCUACAGUUGAACUGUAAAACUACAUAGUUAAUGUCUAAACCUGGACUAUCACCUCCGGCCUUUCGGCUGCCGUUCUUCAUGAGGAUUUUUAUUUGUAUCUUGUUGGAUGAUCUGAACGGAUCUCAUCGUGUUUAUGGGUUGGAUCCCUGCUGGGACACGGAGGCUCGUUUUCUUUUGUUCUGAUCAGUUCAUGUGGUUUAAAUUAAGACUGAAAGUCUUUCUUACUCUCUGCUUCCAGGUUUUCUUAAAGUUUCUCCUUGUGUGUUUAUAUCUCCUUGUGAGACUUCUGAAGUUUUCUGUCUUUUUCUUUAGGAUAGAAAUGCACCACAAACCUUUGUGCAAAAGCAAAACAAGUCAAAUGUCGGCUUUCCAUCAAACUUUCCACAAUAAUGAAGAAAAAAAUACAAUUUACUGUUGGACUAUUGAAGUCAUCUGGCAGUUUUGUCUUUUUGUGUUGGUGUCUUUUUUAAAGGGCCGUUUCCGUCUCAACCUGCACAACCAAAGAGUUGAUAAUAAACUCUGAGGCUCUUUAUAUGUAUAUAUUUGAAAUGUUAAAUUGAUAUGUGUGACUCUGAUUUGCUCAUUGCGACCCAAAAGAAAACAAGUCCUUGGUGUCCCUCAGGGGCCUCCGUACCUACGGGGCUCCAUUCAAACCAGAAGAUGUGAUUUUAUUUAUAAACAGAAAAAGUUCCUGAUUUAAAGGUGAGCUUGUUCAGGUUGGUGCAUUUUGAUUGUCUUAUGAUUUAAACUCCCUGUCACCUCUUGACUGAACAGAAUCAUUUUAGUCACUGAUGGUUUUUUCAUAAUAAUUUAGAUUAAUUCUGCAGGGUUGGAAAUGAACAGUUUGUCAGUUAAAUUGGAAACGGCGGCAGGUUUCAUGAGGCUCCACUGCCAGGGAGGAAGAUACUGACUGUUGAUCACUAAUCUAUGGAACCCCGGCUCAGAUAAAACAGUCCAUUUAAAUCCAAACUGCUCCUUUAUGCCUCUUAAAAAGUUCAAACUUGAUGAUAAUCUACCUUCACAUUCUGGCACACAUGAAAAGCUUUUCCAUGAAUAAUCCUGAUUCUGAAACAUUCAACUUCCAAGGUGUUAAUUUUGAUAUUUAAGUUGAUGAUGGCAGUUUUUAGGCUUUCUGAAAUAUCUGAACUGCCUCCCUGGAAAGCAGCUGCUGUUGUUGCCAAGCAGCAGCAGCAGGCCGGUCAUUAUGGUCCUGUUGGUUUUGGACCUUUGGUUUCCCGCCUCGCUCUGCAAACGGCACAAAAUACAGUGAAAGCAGCUGGAAGCUGAACGGAGCUGCUGUGAUUUGACUGGACCGUCCUGUUGGACCCGGUUGAUCCUCGGCUGGUUCAGAUUAGACUGGUUUAAAUAAAGGGAUGUUUAACAGAACCGCUUUAGUUGGAUUCAUGUCUGCACUUUCCCUUAAUAAAGAUGAACAUUAUUUAAUAAAAAUAAAUAAGACAUUCA